GCUGCUCAAAGCAUCCACCAGCAGUCAGCACCAUGCUGCUGCCUUUUGUCAGCAUCUUCCUUCCUCUAAGCUUUGCGAGGCGCCUCCUUGCGGAUGCUAAUAAAAUAUUUCCUUCUUCCCUCCUGUGAUGGGGUGGCCAACUCACGAACUACAAGAAGCCGCCUCCGUUUCGUUCCUUCUUUCCUGCUCUGAGCUUGGGACGCGAAAUAGAUCAAAGGAGGGUCCGACGAGAUGGGGGAUGCAGCCAAGGAUCUGACUGCUGGAACUGUUGGAGGGGCAGCACAGCUGAUCGUGGGGCAUCCUUUCGACACCAUCAAGGUCAAGCUCCAGAGCCAGCCAGCACCACUCCCUGGCCAACCUCCCAAGUACUCUGGCGCCAUGGAUGCAGUCAAGCAAACAAUGGUUGCUGAAGGACCGAGGGGCUUAUACAAAGGGAUGGGUGUUCCACUUGCAACCGUCGCAGCAUUCAAUGCUGUGUUGUUCACGGUGAGGGGACAAAUGGAGGGGUUGCUGAGGUCAGAACCGGGUGCUCCCCUCACAGUGAAUCAGCAAAUGGUAUGUGGUGCUGGUGCUGGAGUUGCAGUUUCCAUCCUUGCAUGUCCUACAGAAUUGAUUAAGUGCAGGCUGCAAGCGCAGAGUGCCUUGGCAGGCUCAGCAGCCUCAUCUGCGGCAGCGAAGUAUGGAGGACCAAUAGACGUGGCAAAGCAUGUCGUCCGGGAAGCUGGUGUGAGAGGCCUCUUCAAAGGCAUGGUGCCGACCUUGGCGCGUGAAGUCCCCGGGAACGCCGUCUUGUUCGGCGUCUACGAAGCCCUUAAGCAGUACUUUGCAGGGGGUAAGGACACUUCGGGACUAGGGAGGUGGCCUCUGAUGGUUGCCGGAGGGCUGGGCGGCGCCUCCUUCUGGCUGUCCGUCUAUCCCACGGAUGUGGUGAAGAGCGUGAUCCAGGUGGACGAUUACAAGAACCCCAAGUACUCUGGUUCGGUCGGUGCCUUGAGGAAGAUUGCGGCGGCCGAAGGUAUCAAAGGCCUGUACAGAGGCUUUGGACCAGCCAUGGCUCGCAGUGUGCCAGCCAAUGCCGCCUGUUUCUUGGCAUAUGAGAUGAUUAGAUCCAGUCUUGGGUGACCUCCCCAACCACAUCGAUAAGAUUAUUUGAGAAAUGCGGCUAAAGCCAUUUGUUGGGUGUUGGGCAUUUGCUUUGUUCUUGACAUGUUGACUUCUUUGUACUCUCACGGGAAGCAGAAGAGUUCUUGACA